GCCGGCUGCUCUGCGAUGGCGUGCGUGCGGCUGUGAGCGCUCCCACACAUUGCACGCGUGGACACGGCUCUCGAGCUCCCGAACGAUGGGUGCUGCAGGGCUGUGACCAUUCCUGGGGAGAAGCAGGAGGAAGAGUGGAUUACUCUGCGAAGCACUGGCUUGCGGCCGGUGCCCUCCCGAAAAAAUUAACUCACCUGGAUAUCCGCCUGUGGUGGGAACGGCUCCCCUGGAGCGGGUGGUCUUCUCUCCACAAUGGCUCAUGCAGCCGCCUCCAUUAAGAAAGUUCGAGAGUCCGAACUUGAAGAGAGGGAGAGAAACCUUGAGAAGGAGAGGAAAAGGCAGCGGAAAAUCUCUAGGGCAGAUCGGAAACGCAAGUCUGACAGCAAUGCAAGCUUUCUCCGAGCUGCCAGAGCUGGUAAUCUGGACAAAGUAGUGGAAUACCUGAAAAGUGGAAUAGACAUUAAUACAUGUAAUCAGAAUGGACUCAAUGCUCUGCACCUGGCAGCUAAAGAAGGCCAUGUGGGACUGGUACAAGAAUUAUUGGAAAGAGGGUCGGCUGUGGAUUCUGCCACUAAGAAAGGGAAUACAGCCCUACAUAUUGCAUCCUUAGCAGGACAAGCUGAAGUUGUCAAAGUUCUGGUUAAGGAAGGAGCCAAUAUUAAUGCACAGUCUCAGAAUGGCUUCACUCCAUUAUACAUGGCAGCUCAAGAGAACCACAUUGAAGUGGUGAAAUAUCUCUUGGAGAAUGGAGCCAACCAAAGCACAGCUACUGAGGAUGGUUUCACUCCCUUAGCUGUUGCACUGCAACAAGGACACAAUCAGGCAGUGGCUAUCCUGCUGGAAAAUGACACCAAGGGGAAAGUGAGAUUACCAGCCUUGCACAUUGCCGCUAGAAAAGAUGACACCAAAUCAGCAGCGCUCUUACUGCAGAACGACCACAACGCCGAUGUGCAGUCCAAGAUGAUGGUGAAUAGGACGACUGAGAGUGGCUUUACACCUUUGCACAUAGCUGCGCACUAUGGAAAUGUCAAUGUGGCAACGCUGCUGCUAAACAGAGGAGCUGCAGUUGAUUUCACAGCAAGGAAUGGAAUCACCCCACUGCAUGUGGCUUCCAAAAGGGGAAACACAAACAUGGUGAAGCUCUUGUUGGAUCGCGGAGGGCAGAUCGAUGCCAAAACCAGGGAUGGACUCACCCCACUCCACUGUGCUGCAAGAAGUGGCCAUGACCAGGUUGUGGAAUUGCUUCUGGAACGAGGUGCCCCACUGCUUGCAAGGACCAAGAAUGGGCUCUCCCCACUUCACAUGGCGGCCCAGGGGGACCACGUGGAAUGUGUCAAACAUCUCCUCCAACACAAAGCUCCUGUGGACGAUGUCACCUUGGACUACCUGACCGCCCUUCACGUGGCCGCACACUGUGGCCACUAUCGUGUCACCAAGCUCCUUCUGGACAAGAGAGCAAAUCCCAAUGCUCGUGCCCUGAAUGGUUUUACUCCACUGCACAUUGCCUGCAAGAAAAAUCGCAUCAAAGUCAUGGAACUCCUGGUGAAAUAUGGGGCUUCAAUCCAGGCUAUAACAGAGUCGGGCCUCACACCAAUACAUGUGGCUGCAUUUAUGGGCCACUUGAACAUAGUCCUCCUUCUGCUGCAGAACGGAGCCUCUCCCGAUGUCACUAACAUUCGUGGAGAAACGGCGCUGCACAUGGCAGCACGUGCUGGGCAGGUGGAAGUAGUUCGUUGCCUCCUGAGAAACGGGGCCUUGGUUGAUGCCCGAGCCAGGGAAGAACAGACUCCACUGCACAUUGCCUCUCGCUUGGGUAAAACAGAGAUUGUCCAGCUUCUGCUCCAGCACAUGGCCCACCCUGAUGCUGCAACGACUAAUGGGUACACCCCACUGCACAUCUCGGCCAGAGAGGGACAAGUUGAUGUUGCGUCAGUGCUCCUAGAGGCAGGGGCCUCACACUCCAUGUCCACCAAAAAGGGAUUCACACCCUUACAUGUGGCGGCCAAAUAUGGAAGCCUGGAAGUGGCGAAACUCCUCCUGCAGCGUCGCGCCUCUCCCGAUUCGGCUGGCAAGAACGGCCUCACGCCCCUCCACGUGGCGGCCCAUUACGACAACCAGAAGGUGGCUCUGCUGCUGCUGGAGAAGGGCGCCUCGCCACACGCGACCGCCAAGAAUGGAUACACCCCUCUGCACAUUGCUGCCAAGAAAAAUCAGAUGCAGAUAGCGACCACUCUACUGAACUACGGGGCUGAGACCAACAUUUUGACCAAACAGGGAGUGACCCCACUUCAUUUGGCCUCCCAAGAAGGUCACACUGACAUGGUGACCUUGCUUUUGGAGAAAGGAUCCAAUAUCCAUGUGGCAACAAAGACCGGGCUGACAUCCUUACACCUUGCAGCUCAAGAGGAUAAAGUGAAUGUUGCCGAAAUACUCACAAAACAUGGUGCAAACCAGGAUGCUCAGACAAAGCUCGGUUACACACCUUUGAUCGUGGCAUGUCACUAUGGAAACAUCAAAAUGGUGAAUUUUCUUCUCAAGCAGGGAGCAAAUGUCAAUGCUAAAACAAAGAAUGGGUACACCCCUCUUCACCAAGCUGCUCAGCAAGGCCACACUCACAUCAUCAAUGUUCUUCUCCAACACGGGGCCAAGCCCAAUGCCAUCACCACUAAUGGUAACACUGCCUUAGCUAUUGCUAGGCGUCUGGGAUAUAUCUCAGUGGUCGAUACGCUGAAGGUUGUAACGGAGGAGAUUACUACCACCACAACUACUGUAACAGAGAAACACAAGCUAAAUGUACCUGAAACAAUGACCGAGGUCCUGGAUGUUUCAGAUGAAGAAGGUGAUGAUACAAUGACAGGAGAUGGAGGAGAGUACCUUAGGCCAGAAGACCUCAAAGAACUCGGAGAUGACUCUUUACCAAGCAGCCAGUUCUUGGAUGGUAUGAACUACCUGAGGUACAGCUUGGAAGGAGGGCGAUCUGACAGCACCAUGCCCAGCCUGCGGUCCUUCAGUUCAGACAGGUCUCACACGCUGAGCCAUGCCUCCUACCUGAGGGACAGUGCCAUGAUUGAUGACACGGUUGUAAUCCCCAGCCAGCAGGUAACGACGUUGGCCAAAGAAGUUGAGAAGAAUUCAUAUCGCUUAAGCUGGGGUCCUGAAAACUUGGACAAUGUGGCUCUUUCUUCCAGCCCUAUUCACUCAGGCUUCCUAGUUAGUUUCAUGGUGGAUGCUCGUGGGGGUGCCAUGCGAGGUUGCAGACAUAAUGGACUCCGAAUUAUUAUUCCUCCACGGAAAUGCACUGCUCCAACACGCGUGACCUGCCGGCUGGUGAAACGCCACCGCCUGGCCACCAUGCCUCCCAUGGUGGAAGGUGAAGGUCUGGCCAGCCGCCUGAUUGAAGUCGGACCGUCCGGUGCUCAGUUCCUUGGUAAACUUCAUCUGCCUACGGCUCCUCCCCCACUUAAUGAGGGAGAAAGCUUGGUCAGCCGAAUCCUUCAGCUGGGGCCUCCUGGGACCAAAUUCCUUGGGCCUGUGAUUGUGGAGAUUCCCCAUUUUGCUGCUCUGCGUGGGAAAGAGAGAGAGCUGGUGAUCCUGCGCAGUGAGAAUGGGGACAGCUGGAAGGAACAUUUCUGUGAAUACACUGAGGAUGAACUGAAUGAAAUCUUGAAUGGAAUGGAUGAAGUCCUUGACACACCAGAGGAACUUGAGAAGAAACGCAUCUGCCGCAUCAUCACCCGAGAUUUUCCUCAGUACUUUGCAGUGGUAUCCCGGAUCAAACAGGACAGCAACCUUAUUGGACCCGAGGGAGGUGUGCUGAGCAGCACGGUGGUACCACAAGUGCAGGCAGUCUUCCCAGAAGGGGCUCUAACCAAACGAAUUCGUGUUGGCCUCCAGGCUCAACCUAUGCAUACUGAACUUAUAAAGAAGAUUUUGGGCAACAAGGCUACCUUCAGUCCUAUAGUCACGCUGGAACCCAGAAGAAGGAAGUUCCAUAAACCCAUCACGAUGACGAUUCCUGUCCCUAAAGCCUCCAGUGAUGGGAUCAUGAAUGGUUAUGGAGGUGACACUCCAACUUUAAGGUUACUGUGCAGCAUAACAGGAGGAACCACCCCUGCCCAAUGGGAAGACAUCACUGGAACAACACCACUCACGUUUGUUAAUGAAUGUGUUUCCUUCACGACAAAUGUGUCUGCCAGAUUUUGGUUGAUAGACUGUCGACAGACACAAGAAUCCGUUACUUUUGCUUCCCAAGUGUACAGAGAGAUUAUCUGUGUCCCCUACAUGGCCAAAUUUGUGGUGUUUGCCAAAUCACAUGAUCCCAUUGAAGCACGGUUAAGAUGUUUUUGCAUGACAGACGACAAGGUGGAUAAAACUCUAGAACAACAAGAAAAUUUUGCUGAAGUGGCCAGAAGCAGAGAUGUAGAGGUAUUAGAAGGAAAACCCAUCUAUGUUGACUGUUUUGGCAAUUUGGUGCCACUAACAAAGAGUGGGCAACAUCAUAUAUUCAGUUUUUUUGCCUUCAAAGAAAACAGACUUCCCCUGUUCGUUAAGGUGCGAGAUACCACUCAAGAACCCUGUGGACGGUUAUCGUUCAUGAAGGAGCCCAAAUCUACAAGAGGUCUUGUUCAUCAAGCCAUAUGUAAUUUAAACAUCACUUUACCUGUUUACACAAAGGAAUCAGAAUCAGAUCAAGAACAAGAAGAAGAGGUUGAUAUGACUUCAGAAAAAAAUCAACAGCAUGAUCAGGAAAGGACAGAGGAAAGACUGGCCCACAUUGCUGAUCACCUUGGAUUCAGCUGGACAGAGCUAGCAAGAGAACUGGAUUUCACAGAAGAGCAAAUUCAUCAAAUCAGGAUUGAAAAUCCUAAUUCACUUCAAGACCAGAGCCACGCACUCCUCAAAUACUGGCUUGAAAGGGAUGGGAAACAUGCAACAGAUACAAAUCUUACCCAGUGUCUUACAAAAAUCAACCGAAUGGAUAUUGUUCACCUAAUGGAGACCAGCGGCAUAGACUCCAUGCAAGUCCACGGCACUCGCACGUAUGCAGAAAUUGAACAAACGAUAGGAUUGGACCACAGUGAAGGGUUUUCUGCACUGCAAGAAGAUCUGUUCAGUUCAAGACAUAAGCAAGAACAACAGCACAGAAUAUCUAAAGACAGUGACCCAACUGAACACCCUCCUAUUGUCUCCGAGGAAGAUGUAUCUGUUAGUUACUCUCCUUUCCAGGACAGCACUCCCAGGAGUGAGGCAGAACUGUCAAUGGCUGAGCUCCUGAGACAAGCACACAAGGAACAAGUAGAAUCCGAAUUCUCAGGGAAACCCCAGGAUGUGCCAGAAAAAACAUCUGCUUCACAACAUGAAUAUUUUGUCACAACUCCAGGAACAGAGCAGUCUGCAGCACCAGAAACUGGAAAGGCAGCAAAUGAAAAAUCCGCAUGCUUCAGCGUGGCAAAGGAAGAGAGAGAAAAAUCAUCCCCACGUUCCCCAUCAUCUUCGCAGAGCAGUGAAUCUCCCAUCAUCCAAGAGCCCGAGGAGCCUGAGCUCCAUCAGGAUGACGUCUCUCCAAGGAGAACUAGUCUAGUGAUAGUGGAGUCAACCGAUGAACAGCCAGAAAAGCUUGGAAGUGGCUACGAGGAGGAGUCUUUGGAAAAGGAGCUAGCAGAGGAGUUAGGCGAGCUGGAGACCAGCUCGGACGAGGACGAGGUGGUAACUACCAGGGUCAUUCGUCGCCGGGUGAUUAUUCAGGCUGAUAGUAUGCCUGAAAUGCCACCAGAAACAGUCACAGAAGAGCAAUAUACAGAUGAACAUGGCCAGACAGUGGUAAAGAAGGUCACUAGAAAGAUCAUCCGGCGAUAUGUUUCUCCAGAUGGCACAGAAAAAGAAGACAUCAUAAUGCAAGGAACACCACAAGAACCUGUCACCGUUGAAGAAGGAGAUGGCUAUUCCAAAGUUCUAAAACGGGUUGUGCUAAAGAGUGACAGCGAACAGUCAGAGGUGACUUUGUCUGAACCAGGUGUUUUGCCCAGUGCCUCCAAUUUCCAGUCUGAACCAGUGGAAGGCCGCAAGGUCAGCAAAGUCAUAAAGACAACUGUAGUGCAAGGAGAGAGAACAGAGAAACACCUAGGAGAUGCUAGCUUAGCUACUGAUCUUCCGUCAGCCAAAGAGGACUUUGAAGAGGCAUUGAGCUAUACAGGUAACCAAAUGAAAGUCCAGCUCCCUGCUUUAGUAGAGAAAGAAAUCAUGAAAGAGGAUGGAUCAAUUAUUAAAAGGACAAUGCUGAAUAAAGCCAGCACACAGAAGAGGACUGUGAUGAAGGACCGGUAUGGAAAACACGUUCAUAUAGAAGAACUGGAUGACACACCAGAAGCACUACCACAGGAUGACCUCCAACACGACCUCCAGCAGCUUCUUAGACACUUCUGCAAAGAGGACUGGAAACAGGAUGCUAAAUGAGAAGCUGCCACCCCUCAACACCACCACGUAACCAUCCAUCCAGUAUGCAACAUUCAUCUUCUCUAGGUGUAGACAUUGUUAUCUACAUAAUCACUGGAAGACACUGCCAUUUCUACUUGUGCAGAUGCAGUGAAUUCAUUUUUUUCCCCUGUAUUUGAUUUUGGGUUUUUGUUAUUUUUUACCCUGUAAGCUAAUUUGUGACCAAAGAUAGCAUCCUUCAUUCAGGAUGAUUUAUCCACCGAAUCGUCGUCUUUGUGCUGUACUGGGAAUUUGUCAGCAUUGCCACUUUUUGCUGGUCAUUUGCUUCUGCACUAGCUUCAUGAAACUGCAUUUGUCAAGCCAACUUCAUCUACAGGCCUCUUCAAGUGACUAUGUACAUGCAUCAUGAAAAAAAGGGAGUUAACAUGUAAACUGUAUAUAGCAAGAGUAUUUGGACUUACAAGACUGCAGAAAACACACUGCCUCUGAAUACAAUUAGCAUCAUGGAUUACAAGGUCUAUUGACACUGCUGAACAGCAAUUAAUAAAAUAAUGUUAACACUACGAACACAGACUGACUGAGGAGGAAGCACUGCAGAUCCACUGCAUCCAUAAGACUUCCAGUUUAGGGAUCUAUUAUAGUUAAAGGCUCUAAGAGUCAGGCUAAAAACCUGGAAACUCAGCUGUUCUCCUGAAGUAACAGCUGACUGUGGCCAUCGAUACUUUUAAGACCUUUGGACAGCCACUUAAAGAUUUCCAGAAAAAGAAAAAAAAAUUAAAAAUACCCAAUUAGGUAACCAACUUGCUAGCAGCUAUAUCUAUGGCACAUUUGCAUACGGUAUUAAAAUCUUUUAGAUCUGGACAUGUGGCAGGGUGUAUUAAACAAUUAUAACUACAGUAGUUUCCUGUUUUCAUCACUGCUUUAGCAAACCACACUGUCCUGCUGGCCACUGCACUGUAGAUAACUACGGGAGAAAGACUUAACCACUAUACAAAGAGAAUAAUUAAUUCACCAUAUUUUAUCAAGAUUGCCUCUUAUCCAAUAAAUGCAUGUCGCAUUUGAAGGUCAAAAGCAAACCCUCCUGUAAUCAUGUCAACUUGUUGGCCCUCUUAGCACUGAGCGAGCAGUUUUUAUCCUCCAAUCAAGUGUUUUUUAAAGAGAAAGCUCACAAUCCUUGAAAGCCACUUUCUGUUCAUAUUUUGUUACCUAUCUAUAUAUAAGAUAUAUAUUUCUAAACCAACCCUCUGAGAACCAUGAUAGCAUAUCUGCACUUUUAUUUUCAAAAAAAGAAAACAAAGAGCUGACAUUUUUGGUAUUCUAUACCUUAAUAUUUAGUGGCAGGCACUCUGUAGUGUUUUAGCACAUGUAACACACGCAAACACACUAAAUGUUUUUAAACAGCUAUUUGUUUUUUUUUUUUUUUUUAAUAGUAUAUUCGAGAAAGAUUAAAAACAAAUCCUCUCCUGUAGGUGGUAAGAGUUUUCCAAGUUUAUCAGGCCUUCUAUGAUUAUAGUUUGCUUGGUUGUUUUUUUAUGACUCACUCAGUGCUCAGAACAAGGGCACUUCUCAUUAAGAUAAUGAUGCCAAAAGCAUAAAAACAUCUUGGGAGUUCUGGCUUCCAGCAGGCAAAGCAACCCGAGGUGCCAUGCUAACACUUUUUUUGGCAGGCAGAAAAAAAAAAAAAAAAAAAGGUGUUUUGGUAGCCAAAAUGAAUGAGACCCAUGAUGAGACAUUUCACGAUACAUCAUGGCUUUCUUAUUGUCAAAGACAGCAGAGGAUGAUCUACAAGAAUGGGGCUCUAAAGAAAUGCAUUUCUGUUGUGUUAUUUGCGGUGCAGAUGAUGUUCUGUGUAACAGCAUAAUGGUUAUUCACCUCUUAUUUUGAUUUUUUGCUGUGUUAUCAAAGAACUUGAAUACUGUGAGAAGAAGUGAAUUUUAAGUUGACGAAUCAGCAUCUUGUUCCCAUGGUGAUAACACUAAUUGAAUAUAUCUAUGAGGGCAUGUAUUAGUUAAAAAUUAAAAAAAAAAAAAACAACACUAACAAUACAUAGCUGCAAUGUGUACAAUGGCUGAUUUAACUAAAUAAAAAUGUACAAGUGUUAAAUGUA